GAUUAGUCUUGUCUUGAGACUGGGGAGCUCUCCAAAGUAUUUAAAAGCCCCAUCGCAUUUUCUUUCAGUUGCGAUCGAGACGUCUACGGAUACAGUUCAAAUUGAAAGUGCAAAGAAAUAUAGUGAAUUAUAGUGAGAAGUUGAAGUUAAAAAAUCUUUAGACCAUGGCGUCUAUUAUCUUAAUUGGACUCACGAUAAGCCUGAUUCUCUACAGAAUCUACAAAUACAUGUUCUACCGGCCCAAGAAUUUUCCACCAGGACCACCUCGAUUGCCUUACGUAGGAUCAUACUUAUUCUUAUUACUUCUAAAUCGAAAAGAAAUCCAUAAAGGAGUUCUAUGGUUGACUAAGUGGUACAAAUCCAAAACGAUCGGCCUAUACGUCGCUGGGGCCCCUACAAUUAUUUGCAAUGACUAUGAAGGCACCAAAGAGAUCCUUACGAGAAGUGAAUUUGAUGGGCGUCCGGAUAUUUUCCUUGCUCGAAUGAGAGACCCUAAGAUGAAUCGUCGAGGGAUCUUCUUUGUCGAAGGACCGUUUUGGAAGGAUCAGCGACGAUUCACGCUAAGACAUCUCCGAGAUUAUGGAUUUGGAAGACGAUUUGCCGAGUUGGAGAUUGAAGUUAGAGAUGAAAUUUGUUUGUUCUUGGACAUCCUCAGGAACGGACCGAAAUAUCCUCAUGAACACAAAAUCAUGAAGAAUGGCUACGUUUUAGUACCAGAUAUCUUCUUUGCCUCCAUGAGUAAUGCGUUCUUGAAGAUCCUAUCAGGCGAAAAGUUCCCCAGAAGCGAGCAAGGAAUCCUAUACGAAACUGGAAGUGCCGGAAUGCAGUUCCAAAAAGCUGGUGAUGACUAUGGGAAGCUGUUAAGUGUUGUUCCAUGGAUACGACACAUCUUCCCGGAAAAGUCUGACUACGUCAACCUGAGAGAUGGCAAUGAAGGACUCUACAAGUUCAUCAAGUUAAUCGUAGACAAGCACGUUGAAACUUUUGACAACUCCCACGAGAGGAACUUCAUUGAUUUGUACAUCCGGGAGAUGAAGGCUCAGCAAGAGGAAGGGAUUAAAAAUCCUGUGUUUCACUACGAACAACUAAUCCUCAUCUGUGUGGAUUUCUUCUUCCCUGCGUUGACUGCUGUUCCUGUAACCAUUGGUUUCCUUAUCCAACGCCUUCUACUGCAACCAGAAAUCCUAAUAAAGAUGCAGAAAGAGAUUGACGAAGUUGUAGGCAGAGGAAGACUACCAGAACUCGACGACAGAAUUAAUCUACCCUACGUAGAAGCUACUAUUCGUGAAAUUAUGCGCCUUGAAACACUUGUUCCAUCAGCAAUUCCCCACAAAGCCGUCGUUGACACCAAACUCUUGGGAUACGACGUCCCUGAAGGAGCAUUUGUCGUUCCUGGACUGUAUGCCUUCCAUAUGGAUCCCAAACUCUGGGGAGAUCCUGAAGUCUUCCGGCCUGAAAGAUUCAUCGGGGAAGACGGAAAACUCUCCCUAAAGCUAGACAAAUCCCUCCCCUUCGGAGCUGGAAAACGACUCUGUGCAGGAGAAACCUUUGCCCGCAAUACUCUCUUCCUCAUGAUUUCAGCCUUGGCCCAAAACUUCAACAUCCGACAACCUCCAAACGAUAAACUACCUGACCUUUCCAAAACCAUCUGCGGCUUGAUAACUCUACCCCCGCAAUUUUGGAUUAAGUUUGAACCUCGCUAAAAAAUAUGCUUAUUUUGCGAGUUUUUGACACUUUUACUCUGUUUUUGUUAUACAAAAAACCCAUAUCAAAUUUAAAAAAAAAAUAAGGCCUAUAUAUAUAUGUGCAUCAUAUUCUAAUUUUGUUAUGACAUUUUAAUCUAAAAAACAAAAAUUAUUAUGAAGGAAAUAAAUGAAACUUCCGAUUAAUAAA